AUGACUUUUUCACAUCAGGAAGAGCGAAACAGUUUUAUGAGUUUUAUUCCUUCAAGUGCCGACAGUAGCGAACCAACUCCGUCUCGACAUCAACAAAGAGCUUAUUCUGUCACUGCAAUGCCAAGUGAGCUACAAAAGAUGCGACAACAAGAAGAAGAGCACCAAGAGAAAAAGCGGAAUCAACCAUGGUGGCAAUACUAUUACCAGCUAUAUCAUUAUCAAUUACCUCCUGGAAGAAAACCAACUGUGUUUGGUCCAUAUUUAUUAUUACAAACUUUGGGAGAAGGAGAAUUUGGUAAAGUCAAGUUUGGUAUCGAAAUCAAGUCAGGCCAGGAGGUAGCUAUCAAAUUGAUCAGAAAGGAAAGUAUAGAUUCAUCAUCACGUAUGACUAAAGUGGAGAGAGAAAUAUCUGUGUUACGGAGACUUCAUCAUCCAAACAUUGUAGAAUUAUAUGAUGUAAUUGAAACGGAAAAAUAUAUUGGUAUCAUCUUACAAUGUGCUACUGGUGGUGAGCUAUUUGAUUAUAUCCUAGCUCAUCGUUAUCUCAAGGAAAAAGAUGCUAGUCGAUUGUUUGCACAGCUGAUGAGUGGUGUACACUACAUGCAUCAAAAACGCAUUGUACACAGAGAUUUAAAGCUGGAAAAUCUUUUGUUAGAUAGAAAUAGAAAUGUAUUAAUUACUGACUUUGGAUUUGCUAACCAGUUCUCUUCACCCAUGGACGAUCUAAUGUCAACAUCCUGUGGUUCUCCAUGCUAUGCUGCACCUGAGCUUGUCAUGAAUCAAGGCGUUUAUGUUGGUCCCGCAGUCGACAUUUGGUCAUGUGGUGUCAUUCUUUUUGCUAUGCUCUGCGGUUAUCUACCUUACGACGACGAUCCAGCAAAUCCAGACAGUUACAACAUCAACCUGCUGUAUAAGUAUAUCCUGAGCACACCACUUAUAUUCCCAGACUAUAUAUCCAAAGAAGCCUGUGAUCUACUCAGUCUCAUGCUCGUCCCAGAUCCCGAAAAGAGAUGUACUAUGGAAACAAUUAUGGCUCAUCCUUGGCUCAGUGCACAUAGACACCUAUUUGUAAAUAUUAAUGAAGACGAAGAACAAGAACAGAUGAAGAGUGUGCUGACAAAGAAAGGCUCGUCGUCACUUGCCAUUGUGCCCGAAAAAGAAGACACCACCGAGCAAGAUCAAGUAAUACCAGCAAGUACAUCAACCCUUGACAUCAUCCAGCCAGAAAAUGAACAAAUACAAGAACAACAACAACCAUCACAACAACAAGAGCAACCACCACAACAACAAGACGUUGUCAUGGAAGAUGUUUCAUCUACAGUUGCAUCAUCCACCACAACAACUACGGAACCCAAAAAAGAAGAAUUACCUACACCAGAAAAAGAAAACAAGCCAACGUCAUCCAAAGAGCCUAUACAACGGGCAGCAAAGAACAAAAUACGUCCCAAAUCAACUGUCUCUUCGUCCACCGAAAAGGUUCUCCAUUUCCUUUCUGGUCACAGCACCACGCCUAAACCACGUAACACGAACGAAAAGCGUACAAGGCACAUGUCACUAGCAACGGCAUCAGCAGCAACAGAAGAGAGUCAUUCCUCAAUUUUGCAAGCUAAAUUCUUAUCCAGCAUACAGCGUCGUAACACAAAUAAUACUAGUCCAACCCCUAAUUCGAGCGCAAGCACACCUCACAAACGACACAAUCGUGCAAGCAACAUACCGACAGCGACGACACCUUCGACUGCACGACCCUCGUCCACGGGUGCAAGACGAAAGACACUUAGUCUCUUGGUAAACUCAGUGACAGACAACAUUGCUCACAGACGUCAGCCAACAACGACGACGACAACAACAACAGCAACAACAACAUCGCAUCGACCUGCGGACAACCAAGCUCACAUGGUACCUUCCGUUUCUGAGCAUACCAUGUCCGAUAAAGAAAAACACCGUAGUGCCGGAAAGAAGUUUAUAGACUGGUUCAAGAAAAAACCAUUAAGUACUGUCAACAGAUCAAGUGGACAACCGAAUGCAUAUGCAUCGAAUGAUCCUAAACUUCGUACUCACCACGGUGCUGUCGAUCAGGAAGCACUGACCUCUCGACCGCCCGCUCAAGUGUUUGUCGAAGUGAAGCAGACUCUGAAAGCAAUGGGGCUCGAGUUUAAGCGAGAUGGAGGCGAAUACAAAUUGAAAUGUGUGCGACCCAAGAAGAUGCCUCCUAUCCAUCAUCCUCAACCACAUAACCCUCAUCUUCGCAACAUCUUGCGCAGAUCGAGCACAGCUAGUCAGCAUCCUCCUCCCGAGCCAAAGGAAAAGAAGAGUGUUAUCUAUGGUGAACCUUCCGUCGAUCCAGGCGACGAGGUCAGAUUCAGUAUUGAGCUUUGUAGGAUAAAGAAUCUACCUGGUCUUUAUAUCGUAGAUAUGCGUCGAAUGAGAGGCAAUGUCUGGGCUUAUAAAUACUUAUAUCAUACAUUGAUGGAUUCCUUAAAGUUAAAACAAAAGAACGGGUACUUGAAUCAGCAUUCAGUUGCUGAAUCCACUGUUGAAGAAGAAGAAGAAGAACGGGUGCAUGAUACUACAAGUGACAACAACAACAACAAUAAUAAUAAUAAUAGAAUGAGCACAGCUAGUAGUGGUGGAAGCAUUGGUGCUCUACUUGAUAACCAUAAAGAAACCAUGGUUGCUGUUUAG